AUGACCUCCGCACCAACCAACCCAGUAGACGUGCCGCCAUUCCAGAUUCAAACCCUUAUCUCCCAAAAGAACUUGACCAAUGCUCGUUGCGGAUGUGCAUUAGGUUCCGAAAUCUAUGUGGGCUGCUCAAACGGCGACCUUAUCCGUUUCGCGCUCCAAGCCGACGGACCAAACUCGUUGGAGUCCUACAGUGAAAUUUCGCGUCAAUCGCUUCCCAAUGAGAAACCUAUUGAGGAAAUCGUCAUAAUACCCAGCCUUUUCCGUGCAUUAGUCUUCUCCGACCACCAAAUCCAUUUUUAUACCCUGCCUACGCUGGACCCCGUUCCUGCCAACGUUAUCAAGCCUAUCCGACAUGUCUACGCAUUUGCUGUAGACCAGGCUCAAUUGAGGCGGCCUUCCCCGCCGCUCUCUGCACCAAUUUCGAGCCAGGAGCCAGUCGACUUCUGCGUCAUCAAACGAAAUGCGAUUGCGAUGUACAGUCUCCGGGAUCGGUUGUUUUACCAAAAGGAGAUUCCUCUUCCGACUGGCGGUGUUCUUGCCCGUCGCAGUGGCCAAUACCUGUGCAUAGCAGACAAGGCACAAUACAACCUUGUCGACCUUGCCAACGCCUCUUUAAUACCAAUGCUGCCGGUAAACCAAUCGCCAGAUGCUUUCAAUGGCGCUCCCAGCAUAUGUGUAACGAGCGAAAACCCCGCUGAAUUCUUAAUUCUCUCGUGGACUGGCGCUAGUACACUCGGUGUUUUUAUCAACCACAACGGAGACCCGGUUCGCGGGACGCUGGAAUGGCCUCACCACCCUCGAGCUGUAGUUCUCGACUAUCCAUAUGUCGCAGCGCUCCUCCCAAAUCGAACAAUUGAAAUACACAGCCUCGAAACCCAGUCAAUCAUGCAAGUUUUACCGGCCCCUCAUGACGACUCUGAGGCGCGGUUGACCCUUUCGACUGCCCUGAGCGCGUAUCUAGUUCCUAGCACCCAGAAAUCAGACAAAAUGCGACGCGUUCCAGUCAACUUGUUCAGGUCGUAG